AUGGAAGAGGAACUCUCCAAUGAGGUGCACAAUCACUACACGGCAGCCAAGGCUCGGGAGGAGAAGAAGGUGCUACAGCGAGAGCUUCAAGCCCGUGAGCAUCUCUUAUCGGCCUUCGGAAGUACUUCACACCGGCUGAUGACUGCCAAGCAGCUGGUAAGUGGUGCUGCCGACAAACAGCGGUUCCAGCAGCUCAAGCAAGAAGUGGAGAAGCUUGGGCAGAGCCCGUCGCAUACCGAGCUGCAGAUCCUCAUGAGCAGCUUUGACAACCUGGUCCAGCAGGAGGAGCAGGAACUGACCGAUGCCGUGGUCACGGCGGUCUCGCGCCAAGAGCAAGCCGAGUCUCGCGACCAGCACGAGCUGGAAGAUCUUAAAGCCAAAAUGCUGAAGCUGGACUCCUCUGCGCAAACGCCAGCCAUUGCCACAAAGACUGAGCGCAACAAGCUCGAACGCAUCUGUGCUGUGACAAUGAGUGGUGUCAAAGCUCGACACUUACAGCGUGAGGUUCAGUGUGUAGCAAUUCGAUUUGCGAUAGCAUUAGUGAGUGAACUGACCCUGCCGUAG